UCUUUCUUUCUCUUUCUUUCUCUCUCUUUGUUUUCUUUAUAUUCCCUUUUAAUUAUUUCUUUAGCUAUACAUCUUACUUGUUUACUUACACUUCCCACUUUAUAGUAAUGUGGGGUUGGUAACUUUUUUUUUUUUUUUACACUCUUUUUUUGUAUAUUCCUUUUAUUUAUUCUAACAACCACCCUAAAUAUAAACUAUUGUCAUGGCAACUAUAGAAAACAAAGUUUAUUUACCCAAGUCAACAAGUGAAGACUCUAUAGAUUCAGGCAUAUACAGUCCAUCUUCUACAGAUUCAGUCACCAAAAACACUACAUCGAGUUCAAUAUCUCUCGUCAGACAGUUGGCCGCACAAUUUCCAGAAUAUGAACGAACGCCCUUGAUGGAGCCCUUUGGGGGAGUGUGGAUGAAUCCAAAUACGGAAAUGGACAGGCCAGAUGCUGAACGAAUCAUUGAAGUUUCAAACAAUGGAAGAUUUGCUAAAUUGAAUACCUUUUUGGGUAAAGGAGCUUAUAAAGUGGUUUAUAAAGCGAUUGAUAGAGAAGAAGGAUAUGAAGUCGCUUGGAAUGUAUUACAGGUAACCAGACAAGAAGUGAAGGCACUGGGCCAUGAGAUCGAAAUCUUAAAAUCAGUUCGACAUCCAAACAUCAUCACCUUUCAUGAGGCAUGGUAUACCGACACUGAAUUCGUAUUCAUCACAGAACUAAUGACCUCUGGUACACUACGCGAGUAUAUCCGUAAACUAAAUUUACCCAACAUAAAGAUCGUCAAACGAUGGUGCAGACAAAUCCUCAAGGGUCUCGUCUAUCUGCACUCUCAUAACCCGACCAUCAUUCACCGCGACAUCAAGUGUGAUAACAUCUUCAUCAACGGCGCUCAUGGCGAGAUCAAGAUUGGUGAUAUGGGUACAGCUGAAAUGAAAAUUGACAAGAAAUACACAGUGAUCGGUACCCCUGAAUUCAUGGCACCAGAAAUGUAUGAGGAAAAAGGAUACAGUGAAAAGGUUGAUAUCUACGCCUUUGGUAUGUGUCUGCUCGAGAUGGUGACGGGCGAAUACCCUUAUAAUGAAUGUACGAAUGCAGCUCAAGUGUUCAAAAAAGUGACCCAGAAUAUUCGUCCAGAGUGCUUGUCCAGAGUGCAGGACCCCGAGGUGCUUUCGCUGAUCAAUAACUGCUUGGCUCCAGAAAAUGAGCGUAUGUCAGCUCAAGAGAUUCUGGAGCAUUCCUUUCUUGCGGUUGAGCCUGAAGUCGUACUGCUUGCCUCAGACAUGUCCAUGAAGCAGCUUACCUUGCAAGUUGUUUUCAAGGGCACCGAUAAGCUCUCGGUCAAGUUUGAGUUCAAUGCGGACACAGAUACCGCAGAAGACGUAGUUGCAGAAAUGAUUGAAGAGCAAGUAUUACCCGAGAGGUAUCAACAGUUGAUCACGGGUGAUAUCAACCGUCUGCUUCGAGACUUGACCAAACAGCAAACCGCAGAAAAAGUCGAGGAUGAUCGGACAGUCUGGCGAAGAGAAAAUGAUAUCCGAUCUGAACUUGAGCGGGCUAAGCGCGAGCUCAGAGCAGCAAGGGAUAAAAUUCUUGAUGCUGAAAAGAAGUUUGAUUCACUAGAACAGCGUACACAGUUGGCUGAAGAACGUUAUAGAGACACGAUAAAUGCCCUCGAACAAGCCAAGUUAUCCGUUCUUGAAUCUCCUACGUCCUCUUUACCAGAUACAGACUUAACCGAUCAUGAAACUGCUAAUGAAGAUAAUCUAACUACUUUCGAUUCAGCUGUUGAAUAUCCAAAUGAUACAAGUAUAGAAAGGUUUGUAUUAGAAACAGCAGCAGCUUCUAAUCGAAACAAGAACAAGGCGCUAGAAUGGGUACACAAACUCCAUGAGCAGGAUAUCAUGACCGUUGGUGACCUACGUGAUCUUCAUGAUGAGGACUGGGCUGGUAUAGGCUUAACCGUAUUUGCCCAACGUGCUCUCAAAAAUAUGCUUGCUGGUAAAAAGCAAGUAGCUCAAAGGUCAAGGGCGACCUCAAGUGGAACAAACACACCUAUUGAUGAGCAAGAUCAAUAUAUCUAAAAAGAGAGAGGAAGAAAAAAAAAGUUAUUCUCAUCUAUACAUAAAUGUAUCUGUAUUCCCCCGCUUUCUCUCUCUUUAUUGAAUGUUUUUUUAUAAUAAUAAUAUAUCAUUGAUACAUAAAAGAGUCUUUAUAAUAGAGAUCAAUCCAUAAGAAAUGCAGU